AUAAUGCCGGCAGCGCGCGCCGCGUUGCACACAGAGUGCUCAGCCGGUUGACGCGCCCCUCACCCAGCACAUUUGCGAAGAUUCUCCGCGAGCGCUAGCGUCUUAUUGGAAUUCUCCGUGUGCGCUUUCUUUGCACGCGCUCGCCGAAUGAUGCUUUGUUCGGCUUCAACGCGCGCACACACUCUUCGCCAGCACUGACUGCCAAACAGCCAACGUCUGCCGGCAGUUGGACGGGUGAGCUCAACGCGACCGCAAGUGUACGACGAAGAUUCACUGAAUUGACAGAUUAAGUGUGAAAAGUGUUUAGCAAUUGCUGCAAAGUGCGCAGGCGAUUCACAACAGAGCUGAAGCAACGCGUAAUUUGAAAGUCUGAAAUUCCAAAAUUGCUGCGAAAUUUUUCAAAUAAACAAAAAACUGCGUUAAGUGAGGCAGACGAGCUUGUCGGCAUAGCAUUUGAAAUUUUUGCACAAAGAAAAAUGUCCGAAACACCCACGCAGCAAGCGCUGACGUCCGCCGUACUUGUGGCGCGCCAACAACACCAACAGGCGGAGACGCCAAAAGAGAUUACCGCGCUGAAACGCGCUGCGCUGCAGGUGAUGGCCGGCGGUUCGGCUGGUUUUGUGGAGGUUUGCAUUAUGCAGCCGCUGGAUGUGGUGAAGACACGCAUGCAGCUGCAGACGACGACGAAAGCGCUGGGGGAGAGCCACUACAAUGGCGUCUUCGAUUGCUUCGCCAAAAUGUAUCGUCAAGAGGGUUUGUUCUCCUUCUGGAAGGGUAUUCUACCACCUGUGAUAGCAGAAACGCCCAAGCGUGCGAUUAAAUUUGUUUGUUUCGAACAAACUAAACCGCUAUUUCUCUUUGGCGCACCAGCACCAACGCCACUGACAUUCUCGCUGGCCGGUUUGACAGCCGGUCUUAUCGAAGCCAUCGCCGUCAAUCCUUUCGAGGUGGUCAAAGUCGCGCAGCAGGCGGAUCGCUCGAAAAUGAAGGAGGCCGAAAGUACCUGGUCGGUGGCGCGACGCAUAGUGAAGAACGACGGACUGGGUUUUCGUGGUCUCAACAAAGGUGUCACUGCGACUAUGGGUCGCAAUGGUACCUUCAACAUGGUCUACUUUGGCUUCUAUCACAGUGUCAAGAACUAUGUGCCUGCCUUUGAGGACAGCACACAGGAGUUCAUACGCAAGGUCUUGAUCGGUUUCACAUCCGGCACGCUGGCCUGCUUCAUCAAUAUACCAUUCGAUGUGGCGAAGUCGCGCAUACAGGGCCCACAACCGCAAGCGGGUGUGCUCAAAUAUAAGGGCACCUUCCGUUCCAUUGGCAUUGUGUACCGCGAGGAGGGCUUCCGCGCGCUCUACAAGGGACUCGUACCGAAGGUGAUGCGUUUGGGUCCAGGCGGUGCCAUUAUGUUGUUAGUCUUUGAGUAUGCCUACGAAUUUCUGCAGCACAAGCUCUUGUGAGUUCCCAAGUAUUUGUGAAAUUGCCUGUCUACUGCAGGAAAGCAGUAUAUACACAGCGACAUGCAUACAUACAUUUUGUACUAUGCAGCUUAUUUGAUAAAUUGUUUAAAUUUUAUUGUUAUAAUAUCGCUAAAUGGAAAAUUUAAUAAAAAAGUAAAAUUUUUAUUUUUUGUAA